UUCAUUUGACGGGCAGUUUUCUUUCGAAGCGUCCGAUUGCUGUCAUUAAGUUUGUUCUUCUUUGUUCGAUCAGUCGUUCGCAACGUUCUUCAGUUUACUUCACAAAAAUGCGUACCAACUCGCAAGUUUUUAAGUUCGGUAUACCACUUAUUGUUGUAAGUGUGCUCGUUGGAGUUGCAAUGAUUCUGGCCAUCACUCUCUCCGGGAAACCGAGAACAAAAGCCACUGAGGCACCCAGCGGAGGAUCAGAAACUCUCAAGAAGAAGUUCGGAUUUGACGACAUUUUCAACAGCUACUACUCUUACUCCACAUUUCCUGUCCGAUGGAAGACAGACGACGUGUAUAUCCGAUAUUCUGGGGGCAAUUUGACUGAGACUAGUCUUUUAAGAAACGACACGGUACCUUUUUCUGAUUUUAAAAAAAUAUUGGACAAUUUCAACGUUUCUAAUUAUUGGAUUUCGUCUAAUGGAAAAUGGGUUCUUUUGGCUUCCAACAAGAGAAAGUUGUAUCGGAGAUCUUUUUUUGCUGAUUACUAUGUGUACAACUUUGAAAAGGGAUCAACUUUUCGAGUUAUACCACCUGACCCAAAUAAACAGAUUCAGUUAGCUAUAUGGGGAAACAAUGACACCUCUAUAGGCUUUGUACAAGAUAAUAAUAUUUACUGGUUGGACAAAAUUGGAGGCACCGUCCAUACCAUAACUGACAACGGAAAAGAGAACGAGCUCUUCAAUGGCGUCCCUGAUUGGGUUUACGAAGAGGACGUUACGUCCACAAAUGUAGCCAUGUGGUUCUCCCCGGACGGCCGAUAUCUGGCUUACGCACAGUCUAAUGAUACUCAAGUAAAGUGGUUUUCUUACCUGUGGUACGGUAAAUACUCUGAUAUGUACACCACAGUGAAGAAGAUAGCUUACCCCAAACCUGGCUCACCAAAUCCCGUUGUAAAAAUCAAAAUGGUGGACUUGAACAAGCUGCCAUCGAAUAAAAGCCAAGUACCUAAUAUCAUGGACUUAAAUCCACCAGCUGAUUUUACAAAUGUAGAACAUUACUACACUAACGUGGGAUGGGCGUCAAAUAGUAAAGUGUUAGUUUGGUGGCUGAACAGAGUUCAGGACACUUCUAUUGCAUCCAUCUGUGACGCUCCAUCCGGGAACUGCGCCGAGAAUCAAAGAACUCAGGUGACAAACGGUUGGGUGGAUACCAAAACAUACCUGCCCCCGAACCCGUGGUUCUCAAAAGAUGGCUCUUAUUAUGUGACUCUCAUACCUUCACCACAAGGAAACGAUGGAAGCUUCAUUCAUGUAGCGCAAGUCAUGGUCACUCCUUCAGGGAAAGACAACAUCACCUUUCUCACCUUUGGAACAUGGGAAGUCGUCAAAAUUUUGGCGUUUAAGAAAGACACCGAAACAGUGUAUUUUCAGAGUGCAGAAACAUCGCCUAGAGACAGACAUAUUUACAGUGUGAAUGUAAAAACGAAAGAGAAGAAAUGUCUGUCAUGCUCUUUGCCUUGGGCCGAAAAUGGGGACUGCAAAUAUUUUUCAGCGAGCUUUAGUCUCGAAGCCAGCUGGUACAUUCUAACCUGUUACGCUACUUGGUACAAAGAUCUAGAGAUGAACAGGGCGUUAGAAAAAAAAAUGUCUGAACUUGCGACACCAAAAAGAAGAAACUUUAAGAUUCCCGCUGGAAAAUACG